AUGUUCAACGCCUCACAGUCGUUCAACUCUUCUUACGCUGCCUCUCCAGCACAAAGAAGUAACUCUGCUCGCCGCGCCUAUCAUACACUGAGAAUUAUAUUUGGUAUCAUUUCUUGCUUUGCUGUGUUUGGAAACUGUUUAGUUUGCCUGGUCAUUUUGAAGAAACGUAAUAACUUGAGAAAUUCCUACAACUUGAUGAUUUUGGCGCUUGCAAUCGUGGAUACACUAACAGGUACAUACUAAUCCGUUUGGUUUGCCGUACUUCUCUUUCAGUCAUCACCGAUGCGGAUGCUUGAGUUCUAAAAUGUGGUUUUGAUAAUACACUCUGAAUCUGAGGGUCAAUGGAAACUGAUCGUAGUUGCAACAUAUUGCCAUCGAUAGCUAUCGAACAACAAUAUACAGCAAAAUAGAAUAUUAGAGCUCUGUAAAUAUUGUGACAAGAGUAAACUCAGAUUAUCUUAAAAUUCCUUACCCUGUUCUGCCAGCCCCUCAUCUAGGAAUAUUAUUGCCAUAUAUAAAGGAAAAUAUUAUUGUCCACAAAUCUAGAACGGGAAAAAACGCUACCUAUCUUCGUUCUACUGUUUAUUCCCAUUUAGUUUUCCUUUUUUUCUUAAUACAAUGAUGCCUUAUUUUGUUUUAAUUUUUAAAUUUAGAUUUAGUUGUCUAAAAUGCGAUUGCUAAAACAUUAAAAAAGUUCUUAGAGAAACCUUUGAAGUUUUAACGUAUACUACGAAAAUUUCCCAGUUCAACUCCGCGACACACAAAAAAAGAAAAUGCAGAAAGCUUAAACAGUCUUUCAACUCUUAUCCUUUAAGGUAUAUGCCUGGCGAUCACUCCUUCGUUUAUUAUCGGUGAGAACAAUUUUCCGAUUACAAGUGGUCUCCAGGGAGAGUUCCUCUGCCGUUUCGUCAGCUCUCACUAUUUCCUUUUCACAUUGGGCAAGAUAUCCGUGGCUUUAGUGAUGUGUUUGGCCGUGGAUCGCUGGUUUGCGAUUUAUCGCCCAUUGAGGUACCAAACAGUUUUCAAGAGAAGAAUUGUCAUUCGCAAUGUUAUGUUGGUGGUGUUAACGUGCUGCAUCAUGAAUUCGAGAGCGGUUUUUGAAAAACGUCCCGUUUCGAAAGAUAAAGUAAGUAUAAUAUCUAUAUUAUGUACAAUGCGUUAUUGUGUCCUUUGCUAUAUCAAAGAACGACUGUGUAAUAUUUGUUCUAGGCAUCGUUACGUUAAUCAUGACCUGUAAAUAGCGUACUAAGCGGAUUCAACAAGGAGUUGGGCAAGCACAAACGUAAUCUGGGUUUUCAACAGGCAGGGUGAACGAAACGACAACCGAUCGACGCUGCAUACAUGCAUCAACAUUGAUUUAGAUCCAUAAGGCAUUGGUUUCCGGCAACUGUCAUCCGCAUGCCACACAGUUUUCCCGAUUCACGAAUUUAGUUUUGCUAAAACAAUAAGUAGUGUUUUUUGCGUCGCGUAAGUUACAAGCCAAAUGGUUUUCAGGUUUGCUUCUGUAGCAAACGAAGAAAUUUCACAAAUAAACGAAGAAGCUGUUCCCUGGCACUUUUUACAGGCAUCUCUAUUCAACCCGAAUGUAUUAGCGUCUUGGUAAAUAAUCCACCACUAGCCACCUCCACAUACAAAUAAGCUCUAAAAUUGUGAAGUUUUUUAUAAGACAAAGCUUUACCUUACUUUUCAUCCUUGACUUCUAGAUCACAACCUGUAAGUGGAUGUCCUUAACAAAAGGCAAACUGGCUGCCCAAGUUUACGUCAUCAUACACGUGACUGUCACAUUCUUUAUUCCAUUAUCGAUUUCGUGGGUAACAUUCCUGCAACUUUGGUUAUUGCUGAGGAAAUCAACUUUUCACACCGAGCGAAAAAGUCUUUCGAGAUCCCUUAUCUAUCCAUUGCGCAUGGGUGCGCUGACCGCGUUGUUCCUUGGGAUUUGCUGGACGCCUAAUCAGUUUUACUUCCUUCUGUCAAAUUUUGACGUCACCCAGCUAGACACACCAAUUCAUCACGUGACAGUUGUUCUGAGCAUGUUCAACUCCUGUUUGAAUCCGUGGAUUUAUGGUGCAACGAAUAAGAAGUAUCGAAACGAGUUUAGGAAAAUUAUUUUCUUUUGGAAAAGUAAUCAGAUGGAGCAAUCGGAAACGGAUAUCCUUGGAAUAACUCUUGAAAACACCAAACCAAGGAGUGGUGGAAGGAGAAAUCCCAGUGUGGUACCAGUCAACGAGGAUUGA